GUCUCGGGGGUGCGUUGCGGACACUUCUGAAACGCCAGCCUGAAAGCCAGCCACCAGCGGGUUGGGAUUCGACUCCGCUGUAUCAACUCCCGACCCCCGACCCAUCUCAACCGCGACUCCAACUCCGAGAAAGCCCUGACUGCGGAGCCCCAGGUGCAGUGCGGCUCAGCAAACUUGACAGUUUUUCCCCCUCCUCCAUCCCAAUCCAAGUUUAGGUACCGACUGAGCCAAGAGUAGGGGCUAGAGCAGCAGCUGUCAGGUGUCGGGGACGGGCCUCCCGGUCCCCGGAGAAUCUCAGGUUGAAGUCUUGCCGUGGGCCGAGGCUCCAGGGCUUCUCCCAGAAGCCUCUGCUCUGCAUCGCUGGAAACCACGUUCCGUGGCAGCAUGGCCACCAGCCUUGGCGCUGACAGCUCGCAGCAGCCGAGCCCCCUGUCUACCGAGCAGACCACUCUCCUGGUGCUCCUCUCCGUCCUGGCCGCCGUGCACUUGGGCCAGUGGCUGCUCCGACAGUGGCGGCGGAAGCCGGGGUGCUCGCCCCCGGGUCCCUUCCCUUGGCCGCUGAUCGGCAACGCGGCGGCCGUGGGGCGCGCGUCGCACCUGUACUUCGCGCGCCUGGCGAGGCGCUACGGCGACGUCUUCCAGAUCCGCCUGGGCAGCUGCCCCGUGGUGGUCCUGAACGGCGAGAGCGCCAUCCACCAGGCCCUGGUGCAGCAGGGCGGCGCCUUCGCCGACCGGCCGCCCUUCGCCUCGUUCGGCGUGGUGUCCGGCGGCCGCAGCCUGGCGUUCGGCCGCUACUCGGAGCGCUGGAGGGCGCAGCGGCGCGCGGCCCACGGCGCCAUGCGCGCCUUCUCCACGCACCACCCGCGCGGCCGCCGCCUCCUGGAGGGCCACGCGCUGGGCGAGGCGCGCGAGCUGGUGGCGGUGCUGGUGCGGCGCUGCGCGGGCGGCGCCGGCCUGGACCCCACGCAGCCCGUGGUGGUGGCCGUGGCCAACGUCAUGAGCGCCGUGUGCUUCGGCUGCCGCUACCGCCACGACGACGCCGAGUUCCUGGAGCUGCUCGGCCACAACGAGGAGUUCGGGCGCACGGUGGGCGCGGGCAGCCUGGUGGACGUGCUGCCCUGGCUGCAGCUCUUCCCCAACCCGGUGCGCACCACCUUCCGCGAGUUCCAGCAGCUCAACCGCAACUUCAGCAGCUUCGUGCUGGACAAGUUCCUGAGGCACCGCGAGAGCCUGGUGCCCGGGGCCGCUCCCCGCGACAUGAUGGAUGCCUUCAUCCUCUCCGCCGAAAAGAAGGCCGCGGGGGACCCUGGCGACGGUCCCUCCGGACUGGACUUGGAGAACGUGCCGGCCACUGUCACGGACAUCUUCGGGGCCAGCCAGGACACCCUUUCCACGGCGCUGCUCUGGCUGCUCAUCCUCUUCACCAGAUAUCCUGAUGUGCAAGCUCGAGUGCAGGCUGAGUUGGACCAGGUUGUGGGAAGGGACCGCCUGCCUUGCAUGAGUGACCAGCCCAAUCUGCCGUACGUCAUGGCUUUUCUUUAUGAAUCGAUGCGGUUCUCCAGCUUUUUGCCUGUCACCAUUCCUCAUGCUACCACGGCCAACACCUUCGUCUUGGGCUACUACAUCCCGAAGAACACGGUGGUUUUUGUUAAUCAGUGGUCUGUGAACCAUGACCCGGCCAAGUGGCCUAACCCAGAGGACUUUGAUCCAGCCCGAUUCCUGGACAAGGACGGCUUCAUCAACAAGGAACUCGCCAGCAGUGUGAUGAUUUUUUCAGUGGGCAAACGGCGGUGCAUCGGUGAAGAGCUGUCUAAGAUGCUCCUGUUUCUUUUCGUCUCCAUCCUCGCUCAUCAGUGCGAUUUCAAGGCUAACCAAAAUGAGCCCUCAAACAUGACCUUCAGUUAUGGCCUGACCAUUAAGCCCAAGUCCUUUAAAAUCCAUGUGUCUCUCAGAGAGUCCAUGGAGCUCCUUGAUAGGGCUGUGCAGAAGCUGCAAGCUGAGGAAGCUUCCCAGUGAGAAGCCAGAGGUAGCUGAAACAUGAGAACACCCGCCUCUAACUGGGGAGGAAAAUACAGAUUUAUGUUCCCAGCUUCGUUUUGGCAUCACUUCUUUAAAGUGAGCAGAGACCAAGUGGCCUGAAGGCGAGGCACACUUACCAAUUCAUGGCUUCUCAUGAGCCCAUGCUGGAGUUCCUGGAAAUAUUUUUGAAUCGAACAGUAAAAGGGCCCAAGGAAUUUGGAUCCUGUUUUUGUUUUUUGUUUUUACAAUUGCACACAUGCACACCCAUCAGCAUACGUGCACAGCUAUCUUACACAGUAUUUCAGGAACUCUGCCUUGUUGGGGAGGUUUUUGCCGGAACUUCUCUGUGCAGACAUGGACCCCAUAGGAAACUGCACUAAGCAAAGGCUUAGGAUAUAUUCAAGAAUCGAAAACGAGUGAUUUCAGUGUAAAAUGUAAAGACCAGACAUUCUCUACCGAGCGACAACCUGCUUAGGAAAAUGCUUUAACCCCUCUGUAGCAGCCCUGGGUGAGGUUUUCUUUUUGCCUGUAGAUGAGAUGUGCCUCCCACUUCAGGAUGGAGCACAGAAGUCAGUUUCCCCCAAAGGAAUUAAUAGUUGGUUUAAUAACUGCAGCAGUUUUCAGAAAUUUGUGAAUUUAAAGGUAAAUUGUUUAGGUGGCAAAAAAAAAAAAAAUCUUACAAAUUAAAGAUGUAUC